GUAACUGGCAGCAGUGGGUGAUCAUCAUCAGGACUAGCUCAUCUAGCUAGACUAGCUAGUCAGGAUUAAUCUAAUCCAGGUCCUGAAACUGGACAUCCUCUGAACCAUCCUGAAACACACCACACCUCCUCCAUCCAUCUGUUUCCUCCCGCAUGGUGGUCCAGCAUGCUGCCUUUCAAGAUGUUGGGCCCUCUCUUCCUCAUGUUUUUACAAUGUGAUACAGCCAGUACAUGUCCCACUGAGUUAAACCCUCUCAGCCUGGAUCCUCCUGAGGUCAUAGAACAAUAUAACACAACAGUGUCUUUCAACUGCACCAGCACAAAAGAGUAUCAUGAUGGGAUGUACUGGAGAGAUGAUGACUCGAACAUUGAGGAGCACACAAAUUUUAUCACCAUGACACUGUCAAUGGACUGGCAUGUAGAGGCCCAGUGCAAAAUAAAGCUGAAUGGAACUAUUGAAUGCAGCAAAGACCUUAACAUCACUGUUUACCAGGAUCCAGAGGAUGUUAACAUGUUUCCUAUAAACCACAUACAAGAUGUAAGGGAAGAUACACAGUAUGUGCUGCAGUGUGAUAUCCUCAAUGUUGCCCCGGUUAAAAACCUCGUUGUGACAUGGUACAAAGACAAUAAAAUCAUCAUGACCGAGUAUUUCACCAACACAACCAAAACACCAGUAGAUGAGUCUUCCGUUCUUACACACAACAUCAGCAGAGGAGACAAUGGAGCGCAGUUUAGAUGUGAGGCUCAACUGGACUUUGGGUCAUAUGGACCACAAUGUCCUAUUAUUUCAUCUAAGACACAGUCUGUUUCUGUGCACUAUGCUCCUGAGUUCAAGAACAAAACUGAUAUUGAUGAGGUCUAUGUGGAAGAGGGUGAUAAUGUCACCCUGAACUGUGAGGCUGAGGGGAACCCUGCCUCUGUCUUUCAUUGGACCGUUGACGGGGUUAAUAUUAAUAUCUCCGAGAACACCAGCAAUCUCUAUAUUAAUCAAGUGAAUGACAGUGCAAAUUACAGCUGCACGGCUUCCAAUUAUCUGGGUAACAUAACUAAGCAGAUGCACAUUCAUGUUGCAAAAAGUACCAUGGCCGUGGCCACCCCAGAACCAUCAGCAGCAAUGGAUUGCCCACUAACAUUGACGCCUGCUGAAAUCGUGGUGAGAUUUGGAGAUCCAGCUUCAAUCAACUGCAGCACAUCAGCCACAGAUGAUUUUCUAAUGGGCUGGGAGGCUGUAGUUGCAGGCAAAGGGUCUGAAGAACCCUCUGUGCCCUGGAUUGUUGACAAACUGGAACACUGGGACAUCGAACCCGAGUGUUUCAUUACUCUACCUGAUCGCCAGUGUACUGUGAUGCCAGUCAUCACUCUUUAUAAGACUCCAGACAAUGUGUCAAUCUCUGACUCGUAUAAUGAUGUGAUGGUGGAGGGUAUUGAGCGCCAGUUGACAUGUGACAUCAUCAAUGUGGCUCCUGUAAGGAACCUCACAGUGAAGUGGUACCGAGGCAAUGAAAUUGUGGAAACACAAACAUUUAAUGACUCCACUGUGACCCCAAUGAAUGUGUCCUCUACCUUGAGAAUCAUUCCUGGGAGAGCUGACGAUGGAGCACAUUUCAGAUGUGAAGCUGAGCUGCACCUGGGACCAAAAGGACCAGAGCUCAUCCCCAUUACAUCCUCUACACCUUACACUGCUCGUGUGCACUAUAAGCCAGUGAUCGAAAAUUGUUCAAGUACAAUCACUGGUAUAGAGCAUCAAUUCACGAUAGAAAUGGUGUACUGUGAAAGUGCUGGCAACCCUCCACCCAGUGUUGCUUGGUUCAAAGAGGAAAAAGAGAUCGAUGCGUCUAAGUUUCUCACCAGGUCUGACUCAGGAGACUACCGAGCUGAAUUUGAAAAUAAGCUUGGCACGAUCAACACUUCUGUUGCUAUCACAAUUGAAUAUAGUGCUUCAUUUACUUGUAAUGAUCAUCACUAUGAUGUUGAAGAGAAUGUUGGGAACCAAACUCCAUGUAUAGCAGAAGGAAUGCCUCUGCCGACCAUCACUUGGUUUAAAGAUGGAAAUGAGAUGAUUCCUCCAAAGCGCUGGACAAGGAAUCAUAGUGGGAAUUACUUACUUAUAGCAACCAACCCACAUGGAAAAGCCAACCACACAUUGUAUCUUAAUGUUCAGUAUGCACCAGUGAUUGAAGUGAGAUAUGAUGAUAAGGAGGUGACUGGGGGUGGAAAUGUGACUUUUGGCUGUAGUGCUGAGGGCAACCCUUCCCCUGAGAUUGUGUGGAACUACACAUCUGCAGGGAAUGAGGAAGAGACCACUUGGGGGCGCCAGAAGAAUAUCAACAUCAUUGGAGCCACGUCUACCAACGCUGGUGUUUACAACUGUACUGCCACGAAUAGUGUUGGGAGUGUUACAAGAUCUGUCAGACUGAGAGUGAAAGAGAAGGACCAUGGAGACCCCCCUUUCCCUCUCUGGGUACUAAUUCUAAUAUGCAUCGCCGUCGUCAUCAUCAUCCUCUUCACCAUCCUGAUAAUUUACAGGACAUGUAAGAAAAAUAAAGGAGAAUAUAAUUUUAGACCUGUCACAACUAAAGAUGAUUCAAAUAUCCCCAUGAAAACAAUGAGUAAAUGAGGAAGGAGGCUUAGGAUGUUUAUUAAACUACUUGUGGAAUAGGUAAGAUCAAAUCACCCAUGGGGUUAUUUAUAUUGACUUAUAUGGCCUACAAAUACUGUAUUUUCGUUUUUAUUGUGUAUGUGUAUGAAAAAAAUGUAAAAAAAGAAAAAAAGAAAA